GUCGAUGUUCACUUAAAUGUAAUGCAGGUGUUCAAAAGAUAGUUAGAUUUUCAGCCAUUAAUUUGUAAGAAUAUCAAGCAAAGCCGGCAAAAUGGAGGAAUUAAAGAUUGGAGUCGCAAAAGUGCCCAAGGUAAUCGAGACCAAAGGAGACAACCUUCAGUUGGAACAAGAUAGAACUGCAAAGGAAAACCAGGGGCCAGAACUUGAGGAUUCCAUAAGCAAUGUUGUUGAAGAAGGCCGGCAUAUUACCAAGAAAGUAGAUCGAUUCUAUGUAGUCAAGUUGUGGCCGCCAAAUUUGGAAGCCAGAAUCGGAGAGGCUGAAAAGCUUAUCAAAAAGCUUAACCAAGAUAUUACUGAGUUCGCCAGGAAAUUGGAAGAUAACACGCGUAAUCGAAAAGCACUGAUUUCUAAGCUGGAAUGGCUUAAAAAUGAAGAUCGAUAUUUCAGAAAGAGUGUGGCCGACAAGAGGGAGAAAAUGGAUUUUCUUCGACUAGCUCUGGACAAGCUGUGUUUCGCAAAUAAUGCAUACCGGGUGAGACCUACCAAAUCGCGCUCUCCUGAAGGAGUGCUUGAUAUCUAUGUAAGAAUGAACGCCUAA